AUGCCUCUAGAUAGGGAACAAGGUGGUGAUGACGAUGAUGACGCUUACGCUCACUUGCUGGGCCAGUUAGAGCUGAAACAAAGGCAGCUGACAGAGGCGGAGGAGACCGUUCAGCUUUUUAAAGAGAAGCUCGAGAAGUUGAGAGUCUACAACGACAGUGUGGUGACGGAAAACUCGGCCUUGCAAGGGAGGGUGUCGGAGGUCGAGGAGCUGCUGGGCCAAACACAGGGAGAGCUUGAGAGGGCGUUCCAGGACCAGAAGAGCUCGAGGGAGCAGUGGAAGGUUCAGUUGGAGACUCAAGCUGAUGAAAUGCGGCGACUACAUAGAAUGAUCACCACACAGGAAGACAUUGAGGCAGAGAAGUUGAAGAUAGCGGGGGAGCUCGAGAUCGAGUGGGGCUGGGAGGAACUUCGAAGAUACAAUCGCAAGAUGGCGGCGAUUGAGUCAAGGCUGGCCAGCAGCAGGCAGAAGUGCGCGGAGUUGCAACGAGAACUCGACCAGGAGAAGAUACGCAAUGCUAUGGAGCGACAAGAGGCCGAUGCUGCACUGAAGAAAGCGAGAGAGGAAGUUAAGGAAGAGGAAGAGACGCUACAGCGAAAGCUUAGGGAGGCAGAGUUGGAGAUGCGACGGUAUGCAGAGCAGGUCAGUGCGAUCCCGAAACUGAAAGCGCAGGUCUACGAAAUGGGAGCUAAAAUGAAGGAGGGAAGUGCUCUGGUGGCCUCACUGAAGGAGCAGCACGAGGAAACGGUAUCGACUUUACAGGCUAGGAUCGAGGCGCAGAGGGCGGAGAUUCUCCAGAGGGGGAAGGAAGCGCGAGAUGCAUUGGCUGAGAAGGCCAAGACGGAUCGGGCUCAUGCUUCUCUCACUGAGGAGAGCGCGAGAAGGGGAAGGGAAAUUGUAUGCUUCAUUGGAGCCACGGCUGCUAGUGUUAUCGCCGAUCUCCGAUCUCAACUCUCCGCUCAAGAGGGAUGCGUGGGUCGCUUGGAGAAGGAGCUCGAUCGGAAGUGUCGGGAAUGCUGUGAACAAGUCAAUAGAGCAGCUGAGCAAGUGAAUGAGGCGGAGCGACGCGUUUCGGAGAUCCAGAGAAAGUUCGAUGAGGAGACGGCGCGAGUGACCAUGGCCCACGAGGCGGAGGUCUGUGAACUGCACAGGCGGCUGGCUGGUAUGAAUACAGCGUGUGCGGAGGCUAAACAGACCAUCAGCGAGCUCGAGGCGGCGCUGAGGUCAGUAGAGGAUAGAAAUCAACGGGCAUUGGCUGAAAAGGAGGAUAAGGCGGUCAUAGUCGCUAGCUCAUUGGAGCAAGCGAGAGCUCAGAUGAGAGCUGCGGAAGACAAGGCUGCUGAGUUCGAGCAGAUGGCCAGGGACUACGCUAUGCUACAGUCGAAGCACAGGGAGACUCUCGCUCAUCUGACUAAUACUGUGGAGAAGCUGGAAGAGAAAGAGAUGUCCAUCUCGGCUCUGAAGGCUGAGCUCAAGGAUAUCAAUAGAGCACAUGAAUACGAGAGGCAUAAGGCGGCUCAAGAUGCAGAGCAGUGGGCGAGAGAGGCGCAGGAAACCAGGCUUGAAUUGCUCGAGAUGUCGCGGCAUUCACAGGCAGUUGCUGAGGAGCUCCGACGUACCCGAUCGUAUGCUAAGAAAGUCAAAGCUAAGAACAAACAGAAGGUUAAGGAGGCCCAUACUAAAGUGUCUACCACGAACGGCAAGCUGAAGGAGCUGGUCCGGCUACAAGGCCACAUUGAAAAACGGGCAUCUGAGUCGAAGGUCUCAUACGAGCAACGGAUAGCUGAUCUGGAGAGGCGUCUACUGCAUGCUACUUUUGGUGGCGGCGGCGGCACGGCUCUUGCCCUGGCCAAUAUCCCUGCUCUACCAGUCAGCAGCAGUAGCAGCACCAAUGGCUAUAAUGCUUUCGUUGAUAUGCCAGCGCCGGCCAGCUUAUUCCGCCACACUACGGUGGAGUCAGCUCGUAGACAUCGCCGAGUCAGAGACAGGAAAACUCGGCAACAUGUUGAUGCUGCUGCAGGGCCGAGUACCAUCGCUGAGGAGUCGAAGGAAAACCAGGCGACUACUCAGCCAAGCCAGGAAGAGGAUGAUGUCGACCUCGCUGAGUCCCACCUCUGGCCUGCUGAGCAUGCAAAUCAAUAA